AUGGGCUUCAACACUCAGACCCAUUGCUCAGACCCAUUGGUUGACACCUGGGAGCGAGGGAGGGACUACAUGCGGGUGGGGGCGGAGCAGCACACUCACAGAUCGUUGAGAAGGUUUGCAGAUGACACCACCGCCAAUGGACUCAUCCAGGACUGGUAUGAGUCUGCAUAUAGAGGGAAAGUGGAUCAGCUGGUCCUCUGGUGCACAAAACAAGAACCUGGAAUAUUUGUUCUACGCAUUACAAGAACUAAACAGAGUGAUACGGCCUUUUACUACUGUUUGAAAUCACAAAAUUACAACAUUAGUUUUUUGACAGGAAUAUUUCUGAGAGUCAAAGUACCAGAACCUGAUAUUUCUGCCGUCAUUCAAAACCUUUCAACUGAGGCUGUUCUACCAGGAGACUCAGUGGCUCUGCAGUGCUCUGUCUUUUCAGGUUCAGAACAGAAAACAUGUCCUGAACAACACAGUGUGUACUGGUUCAGAGUAAAGCCAGAUGAAUCCUACCCCAGUUUAAUUUACACCCAAGGUAACAGAGAUGAAGAAUGUGAGAAGAGCCCCGAUACUCGGCCUCUGCAGAGUUGCGUCUACAGCUUUUUCAAGGACAAUGUCAGCUAUUCUGAUACGGGAACUUAUUACUGUGCUCUGGCUGCAUGCGGGAAGGUAGUUUUUGGAAAUGGAACAAAACUCAACAUUAAAGGUAACUCUAUUUUUCUUUUGUAUAUAAUGGACAACGUGAUUCUCUAUCUGUUGUUUGCUGCUUUGGCUUUAAGCCUGAUUGUUAUAGCCUUUCUUGUUUGUGCUAUCAGGAAAACAUCUUGCAAUUGUUGCAAAGGUAAGAGUUACUCACACAUUCAUCUAUUCAAAUGUGUUUCCCCAAAAGCUACAUUUAUUUGAUUCAUAUUAGUUUUUAAUUCAGCUUUCUUGUUCGACAAAAGCCUAAUUAAUUAUUGAUAACGCAGCUUCUGUCAUUAUGCAAACAAAUGCUGAAACAGUCGGUAGUAAUG